AUGAAAGAUAAUAUUGCUGAAUAUUAUUCAACUGGUGGUAUUGAUAAAGGAUUUAAAUAUAUAGACAGUAAUUUAGAUAUAUCUGAUAACGUGAAAAACGAUAUGAAACAACACAAUAGGGCUGUAAACAAUUUCAAUGUAAAAACUUUCGAUAAAACGAUUUACGAUCCAAUUCUAAAAUGUUACAUAUAUAAUUCGAAGCCCAUACGUUACAAAACCUUUGCAAUUAUAAUACCGUUAACAAAUACAAACAAUUUUGUUGUCAAUCCUAUGUACAAAUAUUAUAAUAAUGAAGAUAAUUUUGAAAAGAAUAUUUGCAACAACGGUCUUAAUUAUAUUUGUAAAGACACCAACAAAUUACGCUUCCUAAUUGAUUCUAAUGAUGAUAUAAAUUUCAACUGCCAAGAUAACAAUUAUGAGCAAAAAGAUAAUUUUAAAGCGUCAGGUUUUAGUAAUAGGAAUCCACUUCAAAAACCUGAAACAUUAACAUUUAGUGUGAAUUCAAAAUACAAUAAUCCAAACCAGUAUAUAAUCGAUUCUAACUUAAAUGAAAACAACGCUAAGUAUGAACCAAGUGAUUGGUAUUUAUCAAAUAGUGAUUAUAAAUAUCGACAACAAAGUAAUAAGAUAAAUACAAAGGCUGUUCAUAACUAUUUUACAAUUUCUAAUUCACGGCAUUACAAAAACUUUGUAACUAUUGAUUCAGAUACUCCCAAUCAAUAUCCAAAUAUAAUUUAUGUCAAUAAUCAACCCGUAUCUAAUAACCCAUAUAACCAGUAUGUAACUGUUGAUCAGGAUAAUAUUUCUCGCGUGAAUAACAAUAAUCAGUUUCCUAUAAAAUCUAAAAUAACCCUACUAAAUGUAAAACCAUGCACUGAAAUUAAUAAUGCUUGGCUUAAAAAAUAUGCAAAUCGAGUAGGCUCCGAUUUCAAAGUCAAUAAUGAAUUUAAAAUUAUCAAUUCUAAUCCUAAAUCUGUAAAAUUCGACUAUAUUAAAUAUAAUCCCAUUAUAGAUGAACUUAAAACUCCCAGUACUAAUAAACCAGUAAAUUACUUUUCAACAAAUGCACAAGGAUAUUGCUGCAAUUUCAUGUCCCGAUUACCAUUACCAUCAUAUAAUUUUCGAGAGUCUACUGAACCUCAUAUUCAGGCAAAACUAUCGCAAGAUUCCGAUACAAAAUCAAACCAAAAGAUAUUCUAUACUUUCACUCCUACGGCAUCUACACUUGAAAAUUUUGCAACUAUAGCAAAUUCAUCACCAUACGGAAGUCAAUUACUAACUCAUGAAAACCCUAUUGGUCGCAUUUCAUUAAAUACACAAAGGUUACUUUCAACUAAAAGAUACAUUCCUUCAAAAUCUGUACCAACAGUGAAAAUAACCUCAUAUAAUAAACCAAUAUUUAAUCCCAACCUAAAACCAAACCAAAAUGAUCAUUUAACAUUUUCCCCUACAACUAUUAUGUCAAAAUAUAGCACUUUUCUAUUACCAUACCAAUUGUCAAAUUCUAAAUGGCCUUAUAAAAUAUCUACUCGUAACAUAUUAUCAAAUACAAAAACAUAUCCCAAUAGUAUUGUUUUCAAAUCCUCGAAGCCAUUACCAAUAUUAUACAGUCCAGAACUUGUUACUGCAUCACAUAUUCCAAUGGAGUCAGCCAGCACUUAUUCCCAACCGUAUUCUUCUAAUCCAAAACCGAAUGAAAAUAAACUUUAUUUUACUGGUACGAAUAAACCGGUUAAUUACGUUUCAUUAAAUACACAAGGACACUCUAAUGAAUUCAUCCUCCAAUUUCCAAACUCUUUACCAUCAUAUAAUAUCCGAGAUCUCACUCAACCUCAUGUGAAACCAUCACAAGAUUCGAAUGAAAAAUCAAAUGGAAAUAAAUUUUAUACAUUUACUCCAACAUUAAAUUUUAAUCAAAAGAUAAACAAUAAUAAAGUCUAUACUCCUACAGCACUUACAAUACCAUAUAAUUUACCUAUUCCUUCAAAUUCUAAAGAAUAUUUCAAUAAAAUCAUCGCCCAAAUGCCAGUUCCAUUAGGGUCAUAUAAUCCUCAUCUUUCUAUUAAAACAAAGCCCUCACAGUCAUUGAAUAUUUUCUCCACGUAUAAAAAUAACAUGGCAACACCAUAUGCCAGUCUAAAAUCAAAUGAUAAUAAAGUCUACCCAUUUAAUCCUACAGCAUUUGAAAAUAUUGAAACUAUUUCACAUUCAUCACCAUACGAAAGUCAAUUAAUAACUAGUAAAAAACAUUUGGAUCGCUUUUCAUUAAAUCCAGCAAGCAUAGUUACUUCUCCGACAUCUUAUUCUAGUCCAAAACCAAAUGAAAAUGUACUUUAUAGUUUUACUACCACUGCACCUUUAUACAACAAUUAUAAAAACAACACUAUAAUAUCGUCAUCUUCAUAUCUAUUUCCCGUCUCUACAAAAAGUCCCAAUAAGAAACCUCUUAAUCAUAUCUCAUUAAGCACUCGAGGAUAUCUCGAUAAUUUCAUCCCGCAACUUUCAUCGCCACUAACUUCCUAUAAUAAUCCCCAAUUCCAAAGUGAAAUACUACCUUCAAUUGAGCCAAGUAUUCCAAAGAAAGCAACACAUGUAUCCACAAUUUCUCCUCCAUUCAAUGGUAAAAAGCCAACGCUAAAUUACAAUAACAUACUCGAUACUGUCUCUGUUUCUGAACCCGCAAUUAUUGAUUCCAAAUUUAAUGACUUAAUGUUAUUAUCAAAAAAUCCAUGGGCAACAAAUAAAAACCAGCCCUGUGCGAUACCUCUUCACUUUUCAUCCAACGGAAAAGUAUAUUCUAAUAAGUUCAUCCCACAAUCUGAAUUACACAAUCCAACAAAAUUAGCUGCAAUGCCUUCUUUAUAUAAAUACAAACCUAUAACAUAUUCCAAUCAGAUACCAAAGAAAGGCUACAGUUUUACACCAAGCACACCGGGAUAUGUAAAUUCAAAAUAUAACACCAUUCAAUAUUUAUUGCCUUCUAAAUUGCUUACUUCCAAAAAUAGACCUUGUACAAAUCCUACAACACCUUGUUUGUACCCAGAUGCACUAGGAUAUCAAAAUAACUUUAUUCCUGAAAGCGAGUCACUAUUAACAGCAAGUGAUCCCCAAUUUUAUUCUCAAUCAAAACCUUUUAUUGCACCAAACCUGCCGACACAAGCAGCCAAAUUGUCUCCUUAUAAAAACAAUCUGCCAAGAUUAGAUUUCAAACAAAAUAUAAACAAUAAUAAAGUCUAUUAUCCUACAGCACUUACAAUACCAUUUAAUUUGCCCUUUAAUAACAGACCUCGUACAAGACCUAUUAUUCACAUUCCUUCAAAUUCUCAAGGAUGUUUUAAUAAAAUUAUCACCCAAAUGCCGGACGUUUUGAGACCAUAUAAUCCUCAUUUUUCUACUAAAAUAAAACCCACACAGACAUUGAAUAUUUUCUCUCCAUAUCAAAAUAAUAUUCCGACACCAUACAAUAGUCAAAAAACAUACAAUUUUUCUCCCUUAAAUAUUAAUUCCGGCUUCAACGCUAUGACGGAUGAUAUAUCACCAUGGCAAAUGUCAAUUACAAACAGACCUAACAAAAUACCCUUAGAUUAUUUUUCAUCAAACGCACAAGAGCACUCCAAUAACUUAAACCCAAAAAAUAUAUUACCAUUAACAUCAAGCAAUCAACGACUUCCUAUUGCACCACAAAUUUCUAUAUAUCCUUCACAACCAGCCAAUAUUUCUCCUUCAUAUUAUAAUAAUUAUAUUAAAUUAUUAUCUAGUAAGAAAUUAUACAAAAAUAUACCGACUAAUUUUAUUCCUUUUCCAUCUACAAAUAAAAUUUCAUAUUAUGAAACAGCAUCAUCGUAUAAAUUGCCGAAGUAUCUAUAUCAACCUUGUCCAAAAGCUUUUCCUCACAUUUUACCAAACAAGUUUAUUCAACACACUUUACCAUCAAUCCUAUACGAUCCAGAAAUUUCAGCUACAUCACAAGAAUACACUUCAAUAAAUACAAAACGAGCACCUAAAAUAUUUUCUCCACAUAAACAUAAUGCAUUGGAUCCCAAUCGAAAAAUCACCAAAAAUGAAUUCUAUACAUUAACUACUACGACUCCUUCUGUAGUCGCAUCUAAUUAUGAUACAAUUGCAUCAACAAUACCAUUCCAAUCACAAAUCACUGAAAAAAGACCUUGCGAUCACUCUCUGUUAAAUAUAAAAGAAUUUUCCACCAAUUUCAUACCACAUUUCUCAUUAACAUCACAAAAUUUGCAACUAUCACCAGAAAUUCAACCUUUCAUAAAAAGUUCCAUAUCAACAAGACCAACAGAAGCAGCCAAUAUUUUCCCUUCAUAUAACAUAUAUGAGCCAAAAUCACAAAACCCAAAAGAAAAUGAACGCUAUAUUUUUCCUGUAACUGAACCUACAAUGCAUUUCGUGUCAUCACCAUAUCAAUUUCCAAAUACUAACUACAAAUCACAUAGACACUCUAAUAACUUUACGCCUCAAAUUUCAGUAUCAUCAAUUUCUUAUAAUCCUCCACUUCCCACUGAAUCAACCGUUCCAACACGAGUAGGUAAAACGUUAUCCCUAAAUAAAUAUUACGCAACAUUGGAUUCUAGUGCAAAAACAAACAAAAAUAAUAAAAUAGCAAAAAUUACAAACCCAUACAUAUUAAACACACACCCGACAAUUUACAUUCAAAAUAAUGAAACACCAAACUUGAUAACAAGUAAUUUAAAUUAUAAACAUACACAACCUCGCGAUAUGUUCACUACUAAAGGUAAUUUAUCAUCUAAUGAAAUGUAUUUCAUAUUACCAUCAUCAAAUAUACAGGAUGGUUAUCCUAAUAAUAAUAACGUUUCAAAAUGGAAUCCUAACCGUCCUGAUCCAGGUAUUUUGACUAAUAUUACUCCUAUAACAUCAAAUAAAUUAGGGAAGAACUUCUUCGUGCCUUUAGCCAAACUUUCACAAACAUACCCAACAAGUUACACUCAAAGUUAUGAUAUACCAAACCAUAAAACAGAAAAUUUUAAUUACAAUCAACCUGACCAAUCAUAUUUCACACUACCAUCACCAAAUAUACAGUUUGGCCAUCCAAAUAUUGAUUAUAAAUACAAAUGGAAUCCAAAACCUAAUCCUAUUAAAUUAGCUGAUGUUACUCCUCCAAUAUUAAAUAAAAUCGAAGAGAACUUAUUCGUCCCAAAAGGUAAGAUCACGAACCCAUACUUAUCAAACAUAAUCCCAUCAGCUUACACUCAAAGUUAUGAAACACCUAAAUAUGAAACGAAUAAUUUAAAUUACUAUCAACCUGACAAAUCGCAUUUCACAAUAUCAUCACCAAAUAUACGGUUUGGUCAUCCAAAUAGUGUUUACAUAUCAAAAUGGAAUCUAAAACCCUCUGGUCUGAGUAACUUUGCUCAAGUUACCCCUAUAACAUCAAAUAAAAUCGGAGAGAAACUAUUUGUCCCAAAAGGUAUAACCGAGUACCCAUACUUGUCAAACAUGUACCCAACAGCUUACACUCAAAGUUAUGAUAUACCAAACCAUAAAACAGUUAAUUUAAAAUACAACCAACCUGAUAAUAUGUUCUCUACUAAAUGUGAUUUAUUAUCCUCUCCUGACCAAUCGUAUUUCCCACUAUCAUCGCCAAACAUACAUCCAAAUAUUGAUUACACAUCAAAACGGAAUGAAAAACAUUAUAAUCCGGCUAACUUAGCUGAAUUUACUCCUCAGAUAUUAAAUAACAUAGGUAGGAAUUCAUUCAUGCCUGUAGCUAAGAUUACAGACCCAUACUUAUUAAACACAAACCCAACAAUUUACACUCAAAGUUAUGAAACACCAAGACAUAAUGCAAAGAAAUUAAAUUACAAACAAUCACAACCCGGCAAUAUGUUAUCUACUAAAAGUAAUUUCUCACCAUCACCUAACCAAUUGUGUUUCACGGUAUCAUCACCGAAUAUUCAUUCUGGCUAUCCAAUUAUUCAUAACAAAUUGAAAUGGAAUCCAAAACCUUCUAUUAUGGGUAACUUUGCUGAAAUCACACCUACAACAUCAAAUGAAAUCAAAGAAAACUUAUUCGAUCCGAAAGGUAAAAUUACGAACUCUUAUGAAAUUCCAAACUAUAAAAAGAAUAAUUUAAAUAACAAUAAACCUGGCCUGUUCACUACUAAAAGUGAUUCAUCACCAUCUCCCGACCAAUCUGAUUUCCCACUAACAUCGCCAAAUGUACAGAUGGGUCAUCCAAAUAUUUAUUACGUAUCAAAAUUGGACCCUUCUAAUCCAGGUAUCUUGGCUGAUGUUACGCCUACAACAUCAAAUAAAAUUGGCAAGAACUUAUUCAAGCAAGAAGCUAAGAUUAAAAACCCAUAUAUAUUUAACGCAAACCCAACAAUUUACACUCAAUGUUAUAAAACACCAAACCAUGAAAUAGAUAAUUUAAAUUACAAGCAAACACAGCCCAGCAAUAGGUUACCACCGCCUAACCAAUUUUACUUGACACUAUCAUCAUCAACAAAUGUAGAGCUUGAUCAUCCGAAUAAUGAUAAUGUUUCAAAAUUAAAUCCAAAUCAUUCUAACUCAGGUAACUUGGAUGAUGUUACUCCUAAAAUAUCAAAUAACAUAGGAAAGAACUUAUUGAUGCCAGUAGCUAAACUUAUAAAACCACCCAUGUCAAACACAUACCCAACCAUUUACACUAAAAGUUAUGAAAUACCAGGCCAUGAUAUAAAUAAUUUGAAUUCCGAACAUCCUGGCAAUAUGUUCACUGAUAAAUAUUAUUUAUUACCAUCACCUAACCAAUUGUAUGUCACAGGAUCAUCACGAAAUAUACAUUUUGGUCAUCCAAAUGUUGAUUACGUUUCAAAAUGUAAUCCAAAACAUCUUGAUCCGGGUAUCAUGACUAAAAUUACUCCUACAAAAACAGAUAAAACUGGAAAGAAUUUAUUCAUGCCAGUAGCUAAGCUUGCAAACACAUACCCAAAAGCUUACACACAAAAUUAUGAAAUACCAAACCAUAAAACAAAUCAUUUAAAUUACAAUCAACCUGGCCAAUUGCAUUUCACACUAUCAUCACCAAAUACACAGUUUGGUCAUCCAAAUAUUGAUAACAAAUCAAAAUGGAAUCCAAAACCCUCUAAUCUGGGUAACUCGGCUAAAAUCAUUCCUGCAACAUCGAAUAAAAUUGGAAACAACUUAUUCAUCCCAAUAAGCCAAAUUACGAACCCGUGCAUAACAAACACAUACACAACAAUUGGCACUCAAAGUUAUAAAACAUCAAACCAGGAAACGGAUAAUUUAAAUUACCAGCAAUCACAACCUGGCAAUAUCUUUAGUACAAAAACUGAAGAUUCUGCAACUGAAAAUAUUUCAGCCCCUAAUAAAUUAAUUCCAAAUACUUUAGCGAAUCCAAAUAAAGCGUUUACCACAUUUGACAACCCAUGGGUUCUUCUGCCAGCACAAACCUAUGAUCCUAAUAAAUUCAAUUCUGUCUUUGGAAAUCUGAUGGUGUCUUCUCCAAUUUCAUCAUUCAGGCCUACAAAUUCUCGUAUUUACGAAAAACCUAUAACAUCCAAAACUCUUUCAUUCUCGAAUUUUAAAUCACCGUCUGUAAUCUAUAAUCACCAAAAAGGUCCUAACGUCAAUUAUCAACAAAAUAAAAUUGAUUCCAACCGAAAUAAUUAUUGGCCAUAUGGAUUGAACGAAAAUUUACAAAAUCUGUGGUCGCACAGAAAACCAGACACCAAAGGUUAUCCUUAUGUUAGUAAUUCUGCGGAUUCAAAUUUUAAAUCUGAUUUUGCCACAGUUACUUUUAAUAAACCUCCUUCUAAAGAAGAUAGAUCUUUUCAACCAAUACCAUCUCAAAUACAACAAAAAUUUUAUCCAUCAUCCGACACAAUGUUGACCACAAAUAUGCUAAAAUACAAAACCGAAAAUCCAUACGUAUACCCUAUAAAUUUGAAUCCAAACAAUGAUAAAAUUGGACCACUUUACUGGAAUCAUUUAAAGCCACGUUAUAAUUAUUAUACAAAUUAUAAUAAUUUACCAGCAAAAUCUACUAAACCUUACGAAUGUCAAAACACUUUAAACAUACAACCAAUAUUAUUUAAAAAACCUGAUGCUAUGCGUCCACUAUCAAAUAAAGAACAUAUUUCACCGCUUUACAAAGUAUAUGCCUCUCCAUAUUCUUUAAAAUAUACCGACCCAUCUAUUCAAUACUUCUCACCUACCACAUCGGCAUCAAACAUAAAGUCAGAUAUUCCCUCUUGGCAAUACAAUUUCGGGUUCGAACCAAAAACUAAUUCAAAUCCACAAAAUGUUCAGGACAUUAUAUCACAACAGAGUUUCUAUAAAUAUUUACCUAUUUAUAAAAUCACAGGUAUAAAAACCGACAAUACUCCAAAGCCAUGCAUAAAUACUAACAAUCGGCCUAUAGUUUCUGAUCCAUAUAUCCAGUAUUCGAAGGAUCACAAUAUUCCAAUUAACGCAAUCAAUGGUAGACAAAACAUACAAACUGAAUUCUUAAAGCCUAGAUAUCAAACGUUAGUGUAUGACGUAAACAAAUUAAAACCUAAAACCAAUUAUGAAUCUUUUAUAAUAAAUGACACACCAAAUAUACUUUCUCAUCCUAAAAUUACAAAUCAAAUUAAUAAACCAAUCGAUAAUAUAAAAUAUUCACCAGUGCAAUAUAAACAGUUAGAAAAAUCCAAAAUGCCCACUAGUAAUAUCAAAAAUAGAGACAAUUAUUGUACAAAAAUGAACAACCCCAAUUUUGUUCCAGAUAGUAAUAACAAAUAUGCAAAAAAUCGGAAUACAUCCCCUAUAAACAUACCAAUUAACAAAGGAUCAAUGAUAAAUGCUAAACCUCUCUGGAACAGUAAUUCAAUUCCUUUCUCUACUUCUUAUAAUCCAAAUAUCAAUCAUUUACAUAAAAAUAAUAAGCUUAAGGAAUUAACAAUACCAGAAUUAUCUUCACCAAAACCGUUUUGUCAAUAUUGGAUUAAGAGUGAAAAAAAUCCAAGACCAUAUAACGCAUUGGAAAAUGCAAAUUCAUAUUUAUCAAACGAUAAUAUCAAUGCAAACAUACAAAAUCCAAAUAAAAUAGACUAUCCAAUUUGUAAAGGAUACCUUGGUAACGGGGUCAUUAAUAAACCAGUUGUUUAUUAUAUAAACGAUAAAUCAUCAAGAGAAUACUCCUGCAACAAACGUGAUCCAGCAAAAUACAAAUUUAGCAAUACAAUUUUAGAUGGGAAACUUUUUCAAAAUACAAAACCUGACUCUUUUAACAAUGCCCUUGGUUUUGCAUCUUAUUUUGACGGUGCUAUAUUACAAACUUACAAUGAUAAUUUAUAUAAAGGUUCAUACUUCCAAAUUAAUCCCACAUCGAUAGUAAAUCCUAACAAAUAUAUUACGGCUAAAGAAACAGGUCAAAAUCACGAACCAUCAGACAGUUCACCUAUUACAAUAAACAAUUAUCCCACCGCUAAAUUAUUUUAUGCGACAAUUGGAAAGAAUUUAGGUUUUAAACAAAAUACGAAUCCACAAAGCGUAGGCGGAUUAAUAUCAAACAAACCACAAUUUCAUAAUAAUUUCAAUUCAAAAUAUUCCAGCUCAUAUGUAGAUAUGAACAAAACACCAAUAAUGUCAAUAUUGACUAACCCAAAACAAGCAAAUUUAGAAUCAGGUUAUGAUUUAUCACCGAAAUUCAACGAAAUAGAUAAACCUACAAUCUUUUAUGAUACAAGAAAAGACUUGAAUGAAGUUGCAAAGAAUAAAUUUAAAAACGAAAAUUUGAUUAGAAAUCUUAAUAAAGCUGGUUCUCCGAUAACAAUUAAUUUAGGGACAAUGGGUAUCGCAAAAUAUGAACCAGACACAUUUGAAAAUCAAUUAACAAUUAAGACAUGUGAUCCUAAUAUAGAAUUGAAAAGCUGGAAAUCUAAGCUGCGAGUUAUUAAAACAUAUUUAGUUUUAGAGCCUGAAGAAUUUGAUGUGACAAAUUUUGUGCCAAUUGUAAAAUGUAAUUACAAUACUGAUUAUGAAGCUAUACAGGAUAAAGCUAGAGAAAUGAUUAUUAAUAAAUAUGGCGGUACUGUAACAGUGAAAUAUUUCAAUUAUUACCAUCCUUACGCGGUCUUAUGCGAUAUUAAUAGUAUCAAUUUAAUUAAUAAUAAUUUUAAUAUCUUAUGGCCCACUUAUGAUGGUAAUUUUUGUGGCAACAGGCAUAGUACUGUCAUGUAAUUGAAAAUUUAAGUGAAGUGACAUGGACGAAUUCCUUUUUAAAGUCAACAGACGGCGAUAAUAUUUCAAUAAGAUGUUUUCGUUAGUUAAUUGAACUAUCAAUGUUCUAUACUAAGUGUAGGUAUCACAGAAAUAAAUGCUUAAGGUAUAAUAUGCUUAGCGUUUAUAACGAAAUCAUUAAAAAAUAUCAGCGCCAUCUGUUGAUAGCAAUGAGCACCACCAAUAAAUAUGUCAUGAAAAAUAAAAAAGUAAAUGAAAAAUACUUAAAAAUUCCCCUAGCCCCAGACGUCCCAUCUCAGGAUGUCGGGGGCAGUUUUUUUUUUAACCAUUUUACAUUAAAAAUAAGAAAUAUGUUUUAAAAUUACAACUAAAACACUUUUAAUUUAUGUUGUUGAGGUAUCUUUAUAUAAAUAAAAAUAAAUGUCUGAUUUAUUACUGUAAUAUAUUGUGCUUGUAAUAUAAUUCAUAUAAUGAUAAAAUAUUUGAUAUACAAUGCAAGUCUGCAAGUCAGGCUACCACAAUUUGACAAUCUCCUCAGUUGAUUAAGAACUCUAUUUGUAAUGUAUUAAGGUUAAAAAUCAACUGGAAAAUAUAUCAAUUUUGUAUAGUCUGACUUGCUGUUGGCUGUACGUCGAUAUUCAAUCUCAAAACUCAAUGUUGAAUCAAAUCCAAUAGAAAUUUAAAAAAUAUAUAAACAUAACUAUGAACUUUGCAGUUUAUCAAUAAAAUGUUUAUUUAUCUCUAAAAUUUCUUUAUAAAUUCAAAAACUAAUACCUGACUACAACUAAAUCACGCUCAAAAAAGUUUGAAACAAAAAAUAUCACAUACAUCCUAUCAUAACAAAAAAACUGUUGAGGCAUACGACUACGCUGCCCUUUGGUCAUUGCUAUGAUAAUAUGGCUAUUGCUUUAAAAAAAAAUUUUUUUUCAAACUUUUUGGAGCGUGAAUUAGCUGUAGUCUGGUUUUAGUUUUGAACUUAUUAUUAAGAAAUAAAUUCCUAAGAGUGUAUUUUAGAUAUAAAUAAACAUUAAUUGAAAAACUGCACAGUUCUUUAUUAUGUUUUUUUUUUAAUAUACAAACCGGCCAAAAUUGCCGUGAUCGGGUAAAAAUAAUUAUAUACAAAUGUUUACCCUCGCGUUCGCGGCACUCAUUUAAAAUUUCUAAUAACUGCUUUACAAGUUCUGAUGAGAAUUUAAAAUUCAAAUAAUCAUCUUCACAUAACGUUCUGAAUGAGCAAGUAUUUUAAAAAAGAACAUUAUUAUUCCCGAAAUCAAACUAGAUGUCGCUACGGUACGUUCUUGAUUACUCCAUGACAACCCUUCCGGUUUUCUUCCGUGUUUA